CUCGUCGUACCACUUGUGAUGUCCGCCGAACAUUCCGGCGCCUACUCAUCACCCCAAUACGCGAAGAAGAUGUUCCCGAAGAACUACGACUCCAGCGCUUUCUUGCCAAAAGAAAAACAAGAAACCCAGUUCAAAAGCCACCAAGAAACAAAUGGUUACUACAAUGAUACGUCCAGUUACGCAAGAUCCUCGUUUCUAGAAACAGCUGGAAGUUUCCUCAGCGGCACCGGAGGUCAAGUUGUAUCGGAUCUGGCUAAGGACUUCAUUGCCAGGUCAACUGGGAGUAGCCAGGUUGGUUUUGACUGCAUGUCGCAGGUCCUCAGUUUGAAUCUGACGAACCUGGUGAUACUGAUCGUCCUCAAGGCUCUCGUACUGGCUGCUGGCUUCUUCGGCGCUGGUGCUUGGAAAGGACAUAAUUAUGGACGAAGUUUAGAAGACAACAAAAACGUGAGCUACUUGACUGAAGACGAGAUAAUGCUGUACCUCAGCUACCUCUCUGGGCAGCAGAGCCAGGACUUCGGCUGCCUGUACCGGAUAGCCUGUCUGAAGCCACACCAGUCGGCGCUCUAUGCUUCUGGAGCGGAACUACUGCUGCAGGGAACAAAACUGUUUCAAGGUGACAGUAACGAAUUGGAACCAUACGAAGACAUAUCCAACGGUAUCAGAGAGGCAGCGUCGUGGGGCGAGCGAGGGAUGCCCUGCCACACGCGCUAUCAAUGCACGUAGAACAACUUGCAGUCGAAAAUACGCCUAGAA